CGCGAACAGAAAUGUCGCAUUCGUCUUCAUUGUCCGGUUUUAUAACACUGAUCAUUAGCAGUCAACCUAAAUCGUGUCUCGCUUGUGUAAACAUAAAUAUUGCUAUCAUAUCGAGAAGCAAACGAACGGGUGACGGAAAAAACAAUGAUUCGAGGAAUGUAGUCCUCUGUCCUUGCAAUAGUGUAGAAUAUAAAGCAGGAAAGGAAUAUAAAACGAUGGAAUCUGCAGAAACUACUCACCUCUUUUGCGGCAAAUCAGUCUACGACGCUAUACGAUACAACGGAUCGAAGGAAAUACUUGAAGACACAGAAUCAGCAAAUGAUAAUUUUAGAUACUACGCGAUUGAUCCAGUAUGUAUGAAUGUCCGUCUUUGCAUAUUUUGGUCUUUAUGGGCAACAUUAAUAGCAGUACUUAUUAUAUCCAUUUUAUUUUACUGCUGUUUUUCACCAAAAACGUGUUUCAAUUCUGAGAACAUAGUUACUGUAAAUAUGACAAAUAUAGUGAGUAUUUGA